CCUCUUAAAACGGCAGAUUCCGGAGCCCCUCUCAACGCAAAACCGAAGAAGAAAAUAAUUCGAAUCGAAUUCUAGGCUGUGAAUCGGAGAGAUAGAGAUGGCGUUGCCGAAGGCCAAGGAACUCGUUUCUUCCAAUUCCGUUGUCGUGUUCAGCAAGACGUCCUGUCCUUUUUGCGUGAGCGUGAAGAAGCUUUUGCAGGAUCUUGGAGCCAAUUUCAAGGUCGUCGAGCUUGAUAAUGAAAGUGAGAUCUUCUUUUCUUUUCUUUUUUUUCUCUGCUUUUUUCGCGAUUUUCUGUGUAGUGUCAGUAUGAUUAUUAGAAGAGAUCAUUCAGUAAGUUAUCCAUUGAAAAUUUUAAAUAAUUUGAUGGAAUAAUUGAUUAUAAAUUUUGGAAUUACUUCUGGAUUUUUUUUUUUUUUUUUUGGGCAUGGAAACAAAUUGUCACUGUAUGCCUGAUGUAUUAUUAAGAACUGUCCUGCUGGUGUGGCUUUAAUUGGAUGUUACUGGAAAAAAAAAAGUUUCAAAUGCGAUUAACUCGAUAUUUGCAAGCCUUUAGCAGUGCGAUUUUGUUAUCUCUUAGUGGUAAAUGGAGUUGGUAAAUUCAGAUUUUUGGCUGAACUUGGAUUAAGAAAAAAGCAUUGAAGAAAAAGAAAAAACAAGUAGGAAGUGACAGUGAGUUUAAGGAAGUAAAAUAACUAAUAAAAAGGUGGCAGAACCAACUGAAGAUCCAACUGAGCGUGGCUUUUGUCUGGAAUCUGUUGAAGGGAGAAUUCAGUUUCUUGAUUGUUUUGCAGUGUUGAGGACUGUAAUUGUCUGCGGCUACAAUGAGUUUGGCAGUCCAUGUUUUGAAUGUUGAUGUCAAUAUGUUUUCAGCAAUGGAUCACAAAUUCCAUAUCUUGAGCCUAGGAUUUAAAGAUGACUGGUCUAGAUUCUCAACAACCGCUAUGCACAAGGAGGGUAAGCUGGUUCCUCUGCUAACUGAAGCUGGAGCUGUUGCCAACACUUCUGCUGAAGCUGGAGUUGUUGCCUAGACUUCUGCUGAAGCUGGAGCUGUUACCUAGACUUCUGCUAAAUAAGCUUCUAAAGUCCAUAUGUACUCUGCCUACUGGUUGCUACUUGUUGUCUACUAAAUAAGCUAGCUGUUGUCUGUUGACUCUUCACUAUUGUCAAUAUGGUUGUUAUGGUUUGAUGGUUACCAUGCCAUUUUGAAUGUUAUUUCUUCUAAUGUUGAUUUCGGUUGGUUCAUAGAUCAAUCAACCUUCUGCAUUAUUACUUCGUCCAUAUUUUCUACAAUUACCAUGGAAGAAUGAUCUUUUAAGUGAAUGAAAGCAGUCUGGAGAC